AUGCACGCAGUCGUCGGACUUGACGUGUGCGCUCCAGCAAGAAAUCGUCAUGCUCCACCACUUUGCCGUGACGGCGCUGUACCCGGACUACACGUUCCAGAUGGUGGAGAGCUUGAUUGCCAGCUUCCAGGUGUACAAGCGGCUUGUCAACCAGCUCAUCAACAUGUACGAGACGGGCCACAACUUCGAGCCCGACUUGGUGCAGGUGUUGAAGGACCCGUUGUUCCGGCACGAUUUCCACGAGAGCGACAAGUUCUUGACCCGCCUCUUGCACCACUACUACCCUUUGUUCCGCAAGAUCGACUCGUACUACAAGCGGUCGCUUGGCCGGCCCACAGGCGGCAACAUGCGCUUUCUCUCGCCGUCCUUGACCCACGACUUGGCCAACGACUGGUUCCAGGUCUACCGCGGCGACAAGACAUGCCUCAACCGCACCGUCAACCCGUUGAAGAAGACGCUCUAUGUGUUUUUCAACGCGCUCGGCAAGUGCUUGGGCCACGUGUUCCCGUCGUUGAAGUACAUGUCGUUUGUGGACCCGUGCAACGUCACCUUCUGCAAAGCUGGCUUUGCAGUGUCGGAGUUUGA